AUGGAGGGGACUGUGUUCGCUCCUGCCUUGGAAGGAUUCAAGACUGUCAAGUCUGAUGCAGGAGAGAUUCUGACCAAGCCUUUCUUGGAAGUGUGCAAGCAGAUUCUGCCUGUUAUAGAUAAGUUUGGAGCUGCUAUGACCCUUGUUAAAUCGGACAUAGGUGGUAAUAUAACGAGAUUGGAAUCUAAAUAUUCAUCGAAUCCUUCCAAGUUCAACUACUUGUACAGCUUGGUGCAACUUGAGGUUGAAACAAAAACUGCAAAAGCAUCAUCCAGCUGCACCAAUGGUCUUCUUUGGCUGACAAGAGCCAUGGAUUUCUUGGUGGAGCUGUUUCGGAACUUACUGGAUCAUCCAGAUUGGACAAUGUCACAGGCUUGUACAGAUUCCUAUGGCAAGACCCUGAAAAAAUGGCAUGGAUGGCUUGCUAGUUCAAGUUUCAGUGUUGCCAUGAAGCUUGCUCCUGACAGGAAGAAGUUCAUGGAGGUGAUAGGAGGCAAUGGUGAUAUCAUGGGUGAUAUAGAGAAAUUUUGUACUACCUUUACGCCUCUACUUAAAGAGAAUCACAAGUUUUUGGCUAGUGUUGGCAUGGAUGAAUUGAAGGCUUCAUGA